ACAGAAUCCUAAAACCGCUCCGUCGUAUUUCGCCACUCUCACUCUCUCUUGGCUCCUGCACUUUCUCUCUCUAGAAAUCAAAAUCCCUCUCGUUUUCCCAAAUCUGAAUGGCAUCCCCGCGCGAGGAGAAUGUGUACAUGGCCAAGCUGGCCGAGCAGGCCGAACGCUACGAGGAGAUGGUUGAGUUCAUGGAGAAGGUAGUCGGUGCCGUCGACGGCGACGAGCUCACCGUGGAGGAGCGCAACCUCCUCUCUGUCGCCUACAAGAACGUCAUAGGUGCUCGUCGCGCCUCCUGGAGGAUAAUCUCCUCAAUCGAACAGAAGGAGGAGAGCCGUGGGAAUGAGAGUCACGUGACUUCCAUCAAAGGCUGCAGAUCCAAGAUCGAGUCGGAACUCUCCUCCAUUUGCGACGGCAUUCUCAAGCUCCUCGAUACGAAACUCAUCGGAUCUGCAUCCAACGGUGAUUCCAAGGUCUUUUACUUGAAGAUGAAGGGUGAUUAUCACCGCUACCUGGCGGAGUUUAAGACUGGAGCUGAGCGCAAGGAAGCCGCUGAGAACACUCUCUCCGCGUACAAGUCCGCUCAGGAUAUUGCCAAUUCUGAGUUGGCCCCAACACAUCCAAUCCGCCUUGGACUCGCACUCAACUUCUCAGUCUUUUACUAUGAGAUUUUGAAUUCUCCUGAUCGAGCUUGUAAUCUUGCUAAGCAGGCUUUCGAUGAGGCGAUUGCUGAGUUGGACACUCUUGGAGAGGAAUCAUACAAGGAUAGCACCUUAAUCAUGCAGCUUCUCCGUGACAACCUCACUUUGUGGACUUCAGACAUGCAGGAUGAUAUUUCUGAAGAGAUCAAGGAAGCACCAAAGCCUGAUAACGAGCAGUAGAUUUUCAAUUUAAGUUUGUGUGUUCUGCUAUUUUCUCUAUAGUAGUCUGCUUCCCUCCCGCAUCCCCCUCCCCACAAAAGAAAAAAAAUGGAAAAGUGAAUGCUGCUGCUGGUAGUAAGUAUUUAGCUUGAUAGUCAGGCUUCUUUGGUGGCCUCCAAUUAGAUGUCUUUUUGUCCCCCUCAUUUCAUGAUUGUUCGCCUCACCUCCAUUUCUUUUCAAAACACUGAUGAUGAUGUCUGUGCCAAAGUUUGCCUAUAUAAUUGAUGUUCAUUUGUGUUUAAGAACGCAAUGGUUCUAUA